AUGAACGAGUUGACAAGGCAUUACGAUGCUGUGCUGCUUGCUUAUGGCGCUCAUCGACCUCGUAAACUCAACGUCCCAGGAGCCGACUCAACUAAUGUCUUUUCAGGAUCGGAUUUCGUUUCUUGGUAUAAUGGAGUCCCCAAUGCCAAGGAGCCGUUACUGGAUGACCCAAAUGUAAUCAUUGUUGGUAAUGGAAAUGUGGCCCUGGACUGCGCACGAGUGCUAUCAACAGCAAAAUGGCUUCGAACUACAGAUGUUCCUGAAGAUGUGAUUACGGUACUGGAGCAAUCUAAAGUCAAAAACAUCAAGAUAAUUGGCAGACGAGGUCCUCAAGAUGUAAGCGGGAUCUUUUCAUGUUUUCCACAAUCCCGGAGCUAG